GAACGCCUUCCUUGUUUCAUCAGUCUUUCCGUGAUCAGUGAAAUAAAAAGUAAUUUUAAAACACUCAAAUACACACUUUUGUCAGGAAAUGGACAGUAAAGGAAGUCAAGAAGAGUUAGAAGAAAAGUCUUCGAAGCACGAUCGUCAUCCCAGUGGAUCGAGUUUAGACAAUGUAACGUUAGCUAUCCCCGCAGUGGUGGCGCGGCCAACGGUAGUGAGCACCACUGCCGCUACGGUAAACGACAACGCCUCGAACGAAAUUACACAACAAGCUGACCAAGAUGAGGUAAAGUCUUCUGGUGGAGGCAAGCCAGCACAGAAUGAAGAUGUUCCCCUCAUACUUGGAGAGAGGAUUGAAGGAAUUGCUAAGGAUGUGACAUACCUGUGUCCAUUUACUGGACCAGUCAGAGGAACUCUUUGUAUCACAAACUACAAGCUGUAUUUCAAAGGAGUUGAAAGGGAACCUCCCUUUAUACUGGAUGUACCACUGGGGUCUAUUUAUCGAGUGGAGAAGGUUGGGGGAUCAACCAGCAGAGGAGAGAACUCAUAUGGUCUAGAGAUCUUCUGUAAGGACAUGCGGAACUUGAGAUUCGCCCACAAGCAAGAGAAUCACUCCAGACGACUUGUUUACGAUAAAGUCCAGAUUUAUGCCUUCCCCACCUCUAAUAAGUUGCCAGUUUUUGCCUUUGAAUACAAGAAUUUCUACAGUGAGGAUGGAUGGGCCGUGUAUGAUCCACUGGGAGAGAUGAAACGACAGGGUCUACCUACAGAGAGUUGGCGUAUCAGUAGAAUCAAUGAAGGAUAUCAAUUCUGUGAUACUUAUCCAGCAGUUUUUGCAGUGACUGCUGCUGCUGAUGAUGAGCUUCUGAGACAGGUCGCCAAGUUCAGAAGUAAAAACAGAAUACCGAUUUUAUCGUGGAUCCACCCUCAGAGCCACGCAACGAUUACUCGUUGCAGUCAGCCUCUCGUAGGUGUUAACGGUAAACGAAGCAAAGAAGAUGAGAAGUAUAUCCAGAUGAUACUAGAUGCUAAUGCACAGUCACAUAAACUGGUCAUCAUGGAUGCCAGGCCCAGUGUCAACGCCAUUGCUAAUAAGGCUAAAGGUGGUGGAUAUGAGAAUGAGGACACAUAUCAAAAUGCUGAAGUCAUCUUCUUAGACAUUCACAACAUCCAUGUCAUGAGAGAAAGUUUGCGGAAACUGAAAGACAUCUGUUAUCCAAGUAUAGAUGAUCACCACUGGCUGUCCAACCUGGAAGCCACUCACUGGCUGGAACACGUUAAGAUGGUGUUAGCCGGUGCUGUACGCAUCGCUGAUCGAAUCGAGAGUCAGAAAACCUCUGUAGUAGUUCAUUGCAGCGAUGGAUGGGAUCGAACUUCCCAGCUUACGGCACUAGCCAUGCUCAUGCUGGAACCUUACUAUAGAACCAUCACAGGCUUCCAGGUCUUAGUAGAAAAGGAAUGGAUUGAAGUGGGACAUAAGUUUGCUCAGCGUCAUGGACAUGGAGAUAAGAACCACGCUGAUGCAGACAGAUCACCAAUCUUCCAACAGUUUAUGGAUUGUGUCUGGCAGAUUACUGUUCAGUUUCCCAAUGCGUUUGAGUUCAAUGAGCAUUUCCUGAUUACCAUCUUGGACCAUCUCUACAGCUGCUUGUUUGGGACCUUCCUCUAUAAUUGCAUGAAGGAUCGAGUUAAGGAGCAAGUGAAGACCAAGACGAUUUCCUUAUGGUCCUACAUCAAUAGCAAUAAAGAGGAGUUUACCAACCCCAUGUACGCAGCGUACCAUCAUCAACAUGUGUUGUUUCCAGUAGCUAGUAUGAGACGUAUUGAGCUAUGGACAGGGUACUACAUCCGCUGGAACCCAAGGAUGCGACCUCAGGAGCCAAUAAACCAGAGAAAUCGAGAUCUGAUUGAGCUUCGCUCGUUCCUUCAGAAGCAAGUAGAAGAGCUACAGAAGGAGAUUGAAGCUAGAGAUCUAGGACUUCAAUCAGCUCAAGUUGGUACCUCGUCACCACCAAGAGUAGCUAGUCCUAUCAAUGCUUGAAAUCUCAUCAUGUGUUAUUGAAGCUGUGUUCCCAUUGGAUUUUUUCUUCCGCUGCCACACGGAAAGUUACCAUGAAUGGCUUUGAUGUAAUUCUACCGUCUUAUAUUCUGCGACGCUUGAAAAGCGUUUUACAGCGUGGUAGCAGUAGAUUUACAGCGCAGAGCUGUUCCAAUCGAACUUUUUAGCGGCCCUGUUAAGUUAUCAAGGUUACAGGGAAGUCUUCCACGACCUCUUUCAGCCUGUUACGCCGUUCACAGUCGCGCUAAGUUGACAGGGAGGUCAGUUUAUCAUGCAUCCCUAUUAGAUCUAUUUUUGUAAUUCUACAGAAAAGUUGCGGUACUUUAACAAAACAAAGUCCAAUAUGGGAACCCAGUUUCAAGUCUAGCAGAGUCUCAAUUGGACUGGUAUAGUUGGGCUUCUUAAAGUCACUGGACACUAUUGGUUAUUACUCAAAAUAAUUGUUAGCUUAAAAACUUACUUGGUAGCAAGUAAU